AUGGAUCUAUGGUCAAAGAGAUUUGAACGGUUUCUUCUACAUCGAGGAAUAAGGAGCACUGUAAAAGAGAAGAUUACAAACACUCCCUUGGGAUCGCCUCCUCCUACUACAGUUCCCACUGAUUCAGAAGUGGAACCUGAGACUAGAAGCGUCAGGCAUUAUCCUCCACCACGCUCUAGUCAAGCAUUGAGAGACAUCGAUGACAUAGGAAUUGAUUUUGAUGAUGAGAGGGUUGUGGACUACUUUGGAUUAAGCAGAGUCGAAUCAAACCCAGAUGCGGACGAGUUUUAUGAAGAAAUGGAGAACCCUGAUAAGACAGAAUAUGUUGCACUUGAGUCUUACAGGGACAGGAGAUAUUCCAGAGAUCCAGAUCAAGAAGAGAAUUUACAUUGCCGUGAUGAUGAUAAUGAUAAUGACAAUAAUAGAGAUAGUGAUAGCGAUGAAGAUGAAGAUGAAGACGUAGAAGAUGAAGUAUUUCUUACGGAUUCGGAUGAAAGCGAUAGAGAAAGCGAAGAUCUAGAGUCUACAUCACGUACAUCUGCAUUUUCUUCUCGCUUGCCUAUUAAUUCUCAGCAAGGAUUCAAAGAUUGGGAAUUCCAUGAUGCAAUUACACGUAGAGAAAUAAUACCGAAUGGUAACGGUGGAGUGUAUGACCCUUUCAGGCCUGAUUUAUCGAUUGUAGAUGCAAAUGACCCUUUUGCAAUGUCACGACUUGCCCCAGCUGCCAAGUAUAGGGACCUGUUAAGAUUGGAUCACUUUGGUGUAACCAAGUUGCAUCAGCUAGAGAAUUCAAGAAAGUACAAGAACAACUUAAGUGCUACCUUGAAUGAUCAGUAUCUAAUAACAAGUUCUAGUAGCGAAUUAAUUAUUUACGAGUUUGAUAAAACCACUGCAUUGCCAAUAAGGAAUCCAAUAUUAAGGUUUGAUAUACGGCCGAAUAUAACUCAUACAACGGACCGAUUGGUUUCUACUUGGCCCUAUUUUCCGCAUACUAUCAACUACAUCACUACGGGAGAAUUUUUGGGUCAAAAAGUCCUAGGAACAUGCUUGGAUGAUGGUUUAGUUCAAAUUUGGUAUUUGGAUACAAUUGUGGAGCAGAUCAAGCGAUUUAAAAAAAAUACGAAAGACAAAGUUGGAGUAGAUCCCCGAAGAAAUACCGAGAAUUUGAAUGUGAAUAGGACUGAAAAUGGCCAUAUCGAACUAAGUCUGACAGAUGAUGAUGAGGGUAGCCCAAAUUCGUUAUUCUCUGACUCUACAAAUAGAUUUUUUGGUUUAAGAAUUAAGCCAGACUUCACAAUUAAAAUGGGCUCUUCAUGCUGGGGCUUGGAUUUCCUUUCACUGCAUAAUAUGAUAGUGGCCUCAGAUAACAGUCAAUGUAUUACCUUAUUUUAUUAUCACCAAGUUGAUGAAAGGUUUUAUAAUGUUACUUCACAUCAAGUACUACACAAUGUACCAGAAGUAUCAUUUAUAGGUAUUACCGAAAAAAGUGAUUCCUUCGUAGCUAAGGUGUCAGGCUCAUCUAUAUCUGGUGAAAUUAUUGUAUUUGAAUUUGAAUUUCGACUUUUAGAAGGGCCAUUAAAUCUCGAAGAUCGUUCCCUAUUCAGUAAUGAAAAGGCACAUUACAUAGACACCAGCAUUGCAAUGUAUCAGUUUCUGGAAACUAUGCACAUACCAACUGAGGAGCAAAGAGCAAUGAGAUUUCCAAGAAUUCAAUGGGAAGCUCCGAGAGUUGUACUCAGAGCUCUUUUGGGAGAAGAUUGUUGGACAUGUAAACCUGUCUCUUCUGAAUUCUUUAAGACUGUCCAAUCUAUCAGAGCCAUGAUAGGAGAUCCUUGGCUAGAUGAGGAGAAGGAAAUACGAGAAAUCCAGAUAGAGCUGAGAAUCUUAAAGUCCGAAUGCGACCCAAUAAAGACGAGUCAUCUUGGUGCUAGUGCCAAAUGGCAAUUUUUCGAGUCGCCGGUCUUACAUUUGAAUGGGCCCACUUUUGAUAAUGAAACUUUUGACACAGUUCAAUUGACUGGAGUAGACGAUAACUAUAGGCGUAUCAAAAAGGGAUUACAGAAAAUGGAUGAAAACAAAGCGAGAAAGAAAUCGCUAAAUGGUAGAACGUAUUAUAAAAAUGCACCAGGAUGUGCUUCAGAUGAGCUCUUUCUCGCAGUCUCAACUUCAAAGAGGCUUGGUUUAUUCAGAGCUGAUACCCUUUUUUGUACUGCAGCUACAAGGAAGGUCUUUGAUGUUUCAAUUCCAUUCAACGAUGACAGUAAAUUUUCUAACAGAAUCUCAAUUACUAAAAUAAUACCAGAAUUACUGUGCUUCUUGGCGUUAACGCAACAGGGACUUGUGACAUUAAUGAGGUUGUGUCAACAUAGAGGAUUAUAUGCAAUGAGGCAAGAACAUUUAUUCCCCAAUGCAUUGAGCCUAGCAUUGGGAUACAAUGGUUAUAGAACGAUUACUGGUAUGGCAUGUCGUAACAUGUCACCAGAUUCCAGUUUGCCCCGAUAUUAUGUCUAUUUGACAUAUUCUGAUGGGAUUGUACUUACGUAUGAGCUAAGAUUAAGUAAAAAUGAUGAAAUUGAAGUAGAUAUGAUAUAG